AUGACCGAACUCGACCUGCGGUUCGCAUCCACUUCGUUGGCCGACACUGGCUCGUAUAAACUGCUGGAACUCCCGCCCGAUCUUUGCAAACUAAUCGAAGGCGCCUCGGACGAGUCAAAUGUCCCUCAGCUUACCAUCAAGGGUGCAUCCGACGAAGACGCGGUCCUAUGCACCGCCGAGAAGACGUACACCGUCCGCUCUAUAGUCCUCUCCAACUCUGUUCUCGUGGUCACGCGAGAUCCGGAGGACGCAGAAGCAGAAGCAGACAACGACAAAGAGCGUGUGGACGUAGUCAUACGAGACCAGCUCUGCGAGAUCCUCGAGCUUAUUCCAAGCGUGCCACGCUUGCACAAGCUGAAUGGACUACUGCGAGGACGAGAGUACGACGAAGGCCACGAAGACGCGGAAGCAAUGAGCGAAGAUGACGAAGAUAAUAGCCCCCGGAGAAAGAGGUCGAAAUUCACCUACGAUGACGCGCGGAAGACGAUCCAGGCGAGCGACGUGGAACUUGACAAAGGCCUCCGCGAUCGACGGGUACUGCUCGUGAAAGACGAGUUGCGCCCCAUCGCGCCGUCCCACCUCACGAAGAUCCUCGAGUGUCUGCUCAUCAACCUCGUCUCGCAAUCCUUGCCGUACACCGACGCCCCACUUAUGCCGCUCAUCCACGCCCUUGAAGAUGAUCAUGAUGUUCCGCGCGACAUUACGCGCCAGGUGAUGUCCUGGUUCGGGCGCAUCGACGAAGGUCAGCUCGGGUCGACGUGGGAGAUGGAUGCAGAUGCGGUCGUACGCGAGAUCGGGCUCGGUAUCUUGCGCGCGCAUCGAGAUGAUCCCAUCUUGGAAGGCGAAUUCUUGCAGCAGUGGCGGAAGGCGGUAGGGGACACCUUUGAGGAGCGCGUCGCCCUCGCUCUUCUAUCCGGCAACUAUCUCACCUCCGCAGACGCAUUCUCGGAUCCACCCGCAUCCUUACUCACAUAUUUCCCUUCGGCGGCGUUGCCCGUCGAGCCCGGCGCGCGCUUCGCUGAGCUCUUCCUCGCACGGCCGCGGUGGAAGGGCGACGAGAUCGCGCCGUUCCUGGCGGACAUCGCAGUCGAUUCUAAGGAGCGGGACAAGUUGCUGCUGAAACACGCGCGGGCGCUCACGGACCCGCAGGGGAUAUGGUACACAGGGCGCGCGAAGUACAAUGCAUAG